AUGGACGGCACACGGCGCAGAGUGCUCUACCAACUGAACAGCCGCUGGAUUUACGGCAAGAUUCCGUUACUCCACGCUGCUGUCUUCCUCCUGCAAAUGGCUGCUGUCUCUCUCCUCGCGCGCAAGUACAACAGCUACUAUGCACAAAGACCCGUCCUCACGACGAUGAUCACCAACGCUUACACGCAGGUGUUGGGUGGCAUCGCAGACACAGUAGCCCAGACUUUGACCGCCGUGCGACAGCGCGCAGUCCGCAAGAAGGGCGGCCUCGACAAAGAUGACUUCCUCGCAAUCGAAAUCCACGAACUCGACCGGCGGAACCCCGUCAACGACAUGGACCUGAUCCCCGACUCGAAGCGCCUCCCUCCGCCAUUCGAUUUCGAGCGAACAGUGCGAUUCAUGUCCUACGGUUUCAUCAUGUCUCCGCUCCAGCACAGGUGGUUCAAGUUCAUGGCUUCGACAUUCCCGAUGAGUAAGACUUCGACCUGGUUGCCCGCAUUGAAGCGCGUGGCUCUUGAUCAGUUUUUGUUCGCGCCAGCUGGUCUUGCUUGCUUCUUCACAUUCAUGACCGUUGCGGAAGGUGGUGGAAAGCGCGCUGUGCAGCGCAAGUUCCAGGACAUUUACGUUCCGGCGCUCAAGGCCAACUGGCUGGUCUGGCCCGCGGUGCAGAUUGUCAACUUCCGCGUCAUGCCAAUCCAGUACCAGAUUCCAUUUGUCUCGACCGUCGGUAUUGCUUGGACAGCAUACCUUUCGCUCACCAACUCUGCCGAAGAAGCAACUUCCUAG